AUGGAUAGUAAUAAUAAUAAUAGUAAUAAUAGUAAUAAUAAUAAUAAUAAUAAUAAUAAUAAUGAUAAUACUAAAGAAUUAAUACAAAGAGUAUUUAAAAAUGUAUAUCUACUUAGAUUGAUAUUAAAACAAACUAGAAACUAUCAUUGUGUGACAUGGUUGGGUGUACAGGUACCCAAGUACGACCCAUCGUUUCUAGCUGUACUGAGAUGGCCACAAGUACCAAGUGAUGAAAGUAACUCUUAUUCUCCACUCAGACGUCGUUACAAACAUCUAUUGCAUGACUUGGAAUGGGUUCUCAAGAAUCGUUAUUAUAGUCUGUUUCGUGAUAUUAUGACUGCACAUGGUAAAGAGGCUACAGUACCAACUCGUGUGAUCGAGUUGACUAGAGAGUGCGUACAAGACGGUCGUGUAGUUCGCAUGCUACUCGAAACACUGCCCAACGAGUUUACAACCUACUUUAGCACUAGUGAUGGGUGUGCUGCCGAUCACAUGACACCUCAUCAGCGGUCAAAGAGCGGUGCCAACCCGUAUGUGAUGCCUGCACCGUCAUCGUUGCGUUUUGUGGCUCAGUAUCUGAUGUCAAUUGUCGAGAAUGGCUGUUUCGAGUCGUGGACCGCCGUCGUUUCAUUUGUCAACAAGGGACUCGCCAAACGGGUGAUUCGUCCACCUCCACCCCCACAAGUAUCCGCGUUGAGUGCCGUAUUCAGCUACUUUGUCAGUGGAACGGGUGCAGACAGCGAGUCGGUAUCGAGCAACGACGCAGACACGCACAAACACUCAAUCUUGCAUCUACUCCUCCACCAAAACACACAGUUGCCUCCAAGCAUGCUCAAAUCGAGAAAUAUGAUCGUCGACAUGAUCAUCAAGCUGUGUAUUACGUCCAAUAAAAAGGAGAUAUUGGCUAAUAUCUUUGAGACGGUUGGUGUCGAUCGUGUAUGUGCAUUCAUCAAGCUCAUGGCCGAUCAACCUGGCUAUUCCCAAGUGUCAGAGUAUUUGUUGGGUGAUACCAUCGAUAAUAGCGAGACACUUGCAUAUGUAGCGUCGGUUCUACCCUUUAAAUACUUUAAUAUAUUAUUUAAAGAUCCACAAGUAAUAAUCUUUAGAAGUAAAGAUAUAGGAGUCAUUGCAAAAUACCUCACCUCUCCCAUCAACACCUAUAACAAUGACAUUUCAAUUUUACAAUUACUCUGUGAUUCAAUUAAAUCAAAAUUGAGUCAUCCCAAUACGAGUACAAUGUCAUCACCUCCAUCAUUUCAACUUCUUUCAACUAUUAUCAAUCAUUUCAAACAACAUAUUCAAAUUAAUUUAAAAGAUAUUGUUGAUACUAUCAAUUCUUUCACUCCUCCUCCCACUUUAUCCUCUCCUAUUACAACAAAAAAAAAUAAUAAUCAUAAAAAUAAUAUUAAUAAUAAUAACCUACCAAUCAACGAGAAUAAUAAUAUAUUAUAUUGUGCUGAAUUAUUUUUCUUACUUUCAAAACACGAUCAAAAGACAAGAGAGACAUUGGAAAGAGAUUACUUUUCACAACCAGAAUGGAAAAAGGAUAAAUCUUUGGUAGCAAUUUAUCAAUGUUUGAUCAAACAAUUGGAUAAUAAUGACAGUGAACAUUUCCAACAACGAUGUCAAUAUUUAUUAAAUCGAGUUGGGUUUGGUUUUAUUUGUUUGUUUGGUUCGUUGGCAUUGGUAAAGACAUCAUUCUCUUUGUUACAAAAGGAUCAAUCAGGUUUUGGUAAACAUCGAGUUCAUUUGCUAUCGAGUAAUGUCAAGGUAUUAGAGUUUUGUUUCGACAUUAUUUUAAAGAGUAUUGCAGGAGGUGUUGGACAACAAUUUGUCGUGUACGAAAUCGCCGAGUCUACACUUGCAGUCUCCAAAGCUUUCGAAAGAGAUGAAUGGGAUGUCAUCAAGUACUUGACCAUUAAAGUAUUGCCAGUGAUUGAUGAAUUAAAGGUAUUCAACAUAACACUAGAGUUGCAUGCAAGUGCCAGUCGUCGUAGUGAAAUUCAAGUGGUUCAAGCCAUCAAACCAUAUUGUUUACAUUUCCCAAAUUAUAGUGUCGAUCCUCAAUUAUUAUCAUCAACAAUAGUAGAACCAACAAACAUAGAAGAGCCAACAACAACAGAAUACAGAGAGACAUAUCAAGAUGAGGAUAUGGAUCCUAGGGUAGAAGAAAAGUUAAAUUCUCGUUAUAAAUUUCAAAUUACACAGACUGAUGUUUAUAUUGACAGACCCAUUCAAAUGUUACAUAUUGGUUAUGUUAAAAGAUUGAUACAGACAUAUCAAGAUUAUAUUGUCAUCCAAGACCCUCAGACUUGGAAAACAGUCGGUAUGCAUGGUUCGGUGGCAUGGGUCGAAGAGAUCCUAUUAAAAUAUACAAAGAUAGAAAAGAUGGCAACAUGUUAUGAUCUUUUACGAGAAGGCGCAAAACAAAACCAUGAUUAUGGAGGUGAAAUAUUACAAUAUAUUGAUAAUUUAUCAUUAAAAAUUUUGCCAACAAAAAUGUUACCCAAAAAAUAA